UGACUUUCAGAGUUCCUGUGGCAAUUCAAGAUGGCGGAGUAGCGCCGUAGUUCCGGAGAGUGGGAUUAUACACAAAUUUUAACGCGUCCUUCGCUUUCAUGAAGAGCGAAACGAGACAACCAGAGCCGAAAGGUCUCGAAAAAGAGGCUACCCAAGCUUUCAAAAGCAUAGCACAACGAUCUUGUACGGAAGAUCACGAUGGUGAUGCGGAAUUUGACAUCGACUUUGACGCUGUUGUCAACAUCAAUGACAACAACGAUCGCACUGGCGAUCAGAAGGCAUCCGAGAGAAAUCAUGCAGCACAUGACAGGCGACAACUUUCAGGCGAACGUCCAGAAAAUAUGCGGAAUGCUUCACGGAGUUCGGUGAAGACGGAGGGAGUUCCUACUAGUAAACAGUCUUCAUGUGAAGGACAAGGCACAACAAAUUUGACCCUGUCCAGUGAUUCAGACGCAUCUGUCACAGAACGAGCACAAGGCGUUCCAGACAGAGAACCUCAGAAAGCCAGGAAGAAACAUUCACGUGGUUCAAAAACCCAUGUCCCUCCUGGAAUUCGCAAGCUGCCAUCACCACCUACUACACUUGAGCAGGCUCAGAUGGAAUGGGAUCUGGUGGAGACUGUCCAGCCAGGAUCUGCUCCAAGUGCGAUACGCUCUCCAACUGUCACCUUCAAGGAAGUAGUGAAACAUUUCCAAUCAGCGGCCUACCUAGAGCAGCAUAUGUCCUACAUUAAGCCUACCAUUAAAAGGCGUGGCUGUGCUGCUAUUGGUGACAAGCUUUUUGGCCCACCAAAGAUGGAUUCUGCCCUACACACUGAGCGCAAUCUGAUAUUUGCACUAGCUCUUUGUAUGUUCCUGAAUGAAGAACCUAUUCAUGGAACUAUCUUACAAACAAUCUACAAAAAGCUUACUGGGACAAAACUUGACUGUCCAAGAUAUGGAAACCACUGGGAGCUUAUCGGCUUUCAAGGUUUGGACCCUGCGACUGAUUUGAGAGGAUGCGGUCUUCUUGGUCUUCUCAACGCCUUGUUCCUUGUCACUAAUGAGCGCACACACACUCUAGCGCUGGAGAUGUACAAGCUGUCCCAGCAUGAGGCACAGAACUUCCCCUUCUGUGUCAUGUCCAUCAACAUCACCAGAAUUGCUCUUCAGACUCUUAGGGAGGGAAAACUCAACAAAUAUUGCAACAGUCGCCGCCAAGUCAUUCAUACAUUCUGCGAAUUCUAUGCAGCCAUCUUUUUCCACAUCUAUCAAGUAUGGAAACAUCAACACAAGACAAUAUCAGACUCAGGCUUUGUUCUCAAAGAAGCUGAAAAAUUUGCUAGGGAUAAAACCAAUGAGGCUGUCAAUCAACUUGAAAAGCACUUGUCGGACAGGAAAAACCUGAUUAUCCCGGACGAGGAGAAUAUGUCUCCCAAGAACAGGCAGGUCCCUGUUAUGGACCGUUUUGCUGGGGUGUGUGAUCUUCAGGUGAAUGAGGAAGAAGAGGUCCAUUUAGUGUAAUGUGUAAGGAAGCAAAAGUCUUGUUAGAUGACUUCAGAAUUCCUGAUAUAUAUAAGUAUUACUAUUUAUUCAAUCAGUCGCAUAGCUAAGGGCAUGCAAUAUCUGUUUCUGUGCACCCUUCCAUCCACCAGUCCCCUCAGCAAACCCUGACUGGAAAUUCCCACCUGCUUGUUCCUAGGGAGAACCAACCUUAGGACUACUUCUCACCCAACAUAAAAAAAUUUAAACUGAAAGCCUUAGCAAUGUGCAAAUGUACUAAUGUAACUAUGUCUAUAAAGCUGAGUGUGGUAAUUAUUGCUAUAGAGAAAACAUUACUAGAGUUCCUGAAGACUGAGCAAGACUCUGCAAAAUAAAAGCUAGGUUUCCAGGGGGGGCUAGGCUUUAUAGGAAAUUGAUAUUUACACAAGGAUUACAUGGCUUUGUAGUAUAAAAGCAAAUCAAAAUGUGCAUAAAUCAUUGUGGCACAGAGGCCAAAAAGGUGGGGGUGGGGGGGGGGGGGGGGAGGCAAGCAAGGGUUUCAAGGAAGGGGGACUUGAUUCGUUCUUCUUCUGGUGGUUUUCAUAUAUUUCUUGUUAUUUUUAAGCCAAAUAUCUGAAAAUGGGGGGGGGGCACUUGGCCCACCCCUAGAUCAGCCCCUGUAGCAUGUGACUGAGGUUGCGCAGCUGUACUCCCCAAUAAUGUCAUGGCAAUACGACUUAAAUAUCGAUUACUGUAAAUACUGUAGGUAUUUAUUUGCAUUACAUUAUAAUCACUUGACUAAAACCAAAACGAUAAGUAAUAUUAGAUGAAGUUGUAUAAGAAUAAAGUAAGAUACUGAGGUA